AUUCGAAACACUGUCCCUGCGAGUUCUUUAAGUUCCCUGCAAUCUGUACACAAGAGAAAGAGGGAGAGAGAGAGGGAGAGAGACAGAGAGAGCAGGGAUCAGGUAAAGGAGUGGGGCUGCUGCAGCCAUUCAGACCUCAGGAGCUGGAAAAUUGCCAAGGAUGCAGAAGGAAAUGAAGAUGAUCAAAGAUGAGGAUGUGCAUUUCAACUUGGCUGUGAGGAAGACCCCCUCCUUUCCCCACUGCCUGCAGCCAGUGGUUUCUCGGGGAAAGGCUCCCCAAAGACACCCCUUCCCAGAAGCUCUCCGAGGGCCAUUUUCCCAGUUUCGGUAUGAACCUCCUCCAGGAGACCUAGAUGGGUUCCCCGCGGUCUUCGAAGGAGCAGGGUCUAGGAAACGGAAGAGCAUGCCCACAAAGAUGCCCUAUAACCACCCUACAGAAGAAGCCAUCCUCGCCCUCCACUCCGAGGAGAACAAAAACCACGGCCUUCCCAACCUCCCUUUGCUGUUCCCGCAGCCCCCGCGCCCCAAGUAUGACUCUCAGAUGAUCGACCUGUGCAACGUGAGCUUCCAAUUCUACCGCAGCCUGGAACACUUGGGGGGCAAGCCCGUCAAGCAGGAGCCCAUUAAGCCCAGCGCCGUGUGGCCCCAGCCGACGCCGACUCCAUUCCUGCCCACGCCCUACUCCUACUACCCCAAAGUCCACCCGGGCCUCAUGUUCCCCUUCUUCGUGCCGUCGUCCUCGCCCUUCCCAUUCAGCCGGCACACCUUCCUGCCCAAGCAGCCCCCGGAACCUCUGCUGCCCCGGAAAGCCGAGCCCCAGGAGAGCGAGGAGACCAAGCAGAAGGUGGAGAGGGUGGACGUGAACGUGCAGAUCGAUGACAGCUACUAUGUGGACGUGGGCGGCGCGCAGAAGCGCUGGCAGUGCCCCACCUGCGAGAAGUCGUACACCUCCAAGUACAACCUGGUCACCCAUAUCCUGGGCCACAGUGGGAUCAAGCCGCACGCGUGCACGCACUGCGGAAAGCUCUUCAAGCAGCUCAGCCACCUGCACACGCACAUGCUGACCCAUCAGGGCACGCGGCCCCACAAGUGCCAGGUGUGCCACAAGGCCUUCACCCAGACCAGCCACCUGAAGCGCCACAUGAUGCAGCACAGUGAGGUGAAGCCGCACAACUGCCGCGUGUGCGGCCGCGGCUUUGCCUACCCCAGCGAGCUCAAGGCCCACGAAGCUAAGCACGCCAGCGGGCGUGAGAACAUCUGUGUGGAGUGCGGCCUUGACUUCCCCACCCUGGCCCAGCUGAAGAGACACCUCACCACGCACCGAGGCCCCAUCCAGUACAACUGCUCCGAGUGCGACAAGACCUUCCAGUACCCGAGCCAGCUACAGAACCACAUGAUGAAGCACAAGGACAUCCGGCCCUACAUCUGCUCCGAGUGCGGCAUGGAGUUCGUGCAGCCGCACCACCUCAAGCAGCACUCCCUCACCCAUAAGGGUGUGAAGGAGCACAAGUGUGGAAUUUGUGGGCGAGAGUUCACCCUGCUGGCCAACAUGAAGCGACACGUGCUGAUCCACACCAACAUCCGCGCCUACCAGUGUCACCUCUGCUACAAGAGUUUCGUGCAGAAGCAGACCCUCAAGGCACACAUGAUCGUCCACUCUGACGUGAAGCCUUUCAAAUGCAAGCUUUGUGGGAAGGAAUUCAACCGGAUGCACAACCUGAUGGGCCACAUGCACCUGCACUCAGACAGCAAACCCUUCAAGUGCCUCUAUUGCCCAAGCAAAUUCACCCUGAAGGGGAACCUGACACGCCACAUGAAAGUCAAGCACGGAGUCAUGGAGCGGGGCCUUCAUUCCCAAGGUCUGGGAAGGGGGAGAAUCGCCCUGGCACAGACAGCUGGUGUCCUGAGGAGUCUGGAGCAGGAGGAGCCCUUUGACCUCUCUCAGAAGCACCGGGCCAAGGCGCCCAUGUUCCAGUCAGACGGGGAGAGUGCCCAGGGCAGCCACUGCCAUGAGGAGGAAGAGGAGGAUAACUGCUACGAGGUGGAACCCUACAGCCCUGGCCUGGCACCCCAGAGCCAGCAACUCUGCACACCCGAGGAUCUGUCCACCAAGCCGGAGCACGCACUGGAGGUGCUGGAGGAGGCCUGCAAGGAGGAGAAGGAGGAUGCAUCCAAGGAAGAAUGGGAGGAGAGGAGCAAGGGUGACCUUGGGGCAGAGGGCGGCCAGGAGAGAGACUAUGCAGGCAGAGAUGAGUGUCUCAGCCUCAGGGCUUUUCAGAGUACCCGGCGGGGCCCCUCUUUUUCUGAUUACUUAUACUUCAAACACAGAGAUGAGAGUUUGAAAGAAUUACUGGAGAGGAAAAUGGAAAAACAAGCAGUGCUUUUAGGUAUCUAAGUGGACAGUUUUAAAAUUACAUUUGGAAAAUGAGAACGAGGCAGUUCAAAUAUAGCUUUCUGCAUGAGCUGUCAUUUUCUGGAGACUGGCGAAUAGUACCAAUCUCUACAAAUGGCUUAGACUAAAUGAGCAGGGAUGUAGGUAAUGGAAAGCCUUCUCAGGUCAUUCACGGGGCCCUUAAUACCCUUCACACAUGUGCAGGGUCUUCUUCAGUGGCGUUUGAUGCAUCGCCAGUAUAAUAAACUGUGAGUAUUCUUCUAGAUAUCUAAUUGUAAGC